GCCACGUCAACCUACAGCCAUUUUCGAAGUAACCUGACCGAUUUACGUGUGCUUUACCUCCAACAACCAGCAUCAAAAUGAAUGUUUUUCGGCUUGUUGGUGAUCUUUCUCACUUGCUGGCUAUCUUAAUUCUUCUCUGGAAAAUAUGGAAGACCAGGUCCUGUUCAGGAAUCUCCGGAAAGAGUCAGAUCCUCUUUGCACUUGUCUUCACAUCGCGGUACCUAGAUCUCUUCACCAAUUUCAUCUCGCCCUACAACACAUUCAUGAAAGUCAUCUACAUUCUGUGCGCCUACGCCACCGUAUAUUUAAUCUACAUCAAGUUCAAGGCCACCUAUGACAGCAACCAUGACACGUUCAGGAUGGAGUUCCUGGUGGUUCCUGUGGGUGGCUUGGCGUUCCUUGUCAACCAUGAUUUCACUCCUCUUGAGAUCCUGUGGACUUUCUCCAUCUACCUGGAGUCAGUUGCCAUCUUACCACAGCUCUUCAUGAUCAGCAAGACCGGCGAGGCAGAGUCCAUCACAAGCCAUUAUCUCUUUGCCCUUGGUGCUUACCGAGCUCUCUACAUCGUCAACUGGGUCUACCGCUUCUACUUUGAGGGUUUCUUUGACCUGAUUGCCAUCGUGGCUGGCUGUGUGCAGACGAUACUGUAUUGCGACUUUUUCUAUCUAUACAUCACUAAAGUUAUGCAAGGCAAGAAGCUUUCGUUACCUGCAUAAAGCCAUCCUGCAUGUCGAGCCGCAUGUCAGCUCAGCCUACAGUUAUUCUUCAUCAAGGGUUUUUAUUAAGUUCAACUUGUAACAAACUUUAAUAUUUAGAUCACAUAGGCUUCUUUUUUGGGUAUUUUUUUUUGUAGGUGUGUUUUCGACUUGCCAUUAUUAUUUCCCCGUCUAGUUUUGCAAGACGUGCCUUGAACAUUUACCACGAGGCAGACUUAUUCUUUUGAGCAUGUAAAUCCUUAAGGCAUGUUGCGAAAUGGAUCUGGCUUUGCAUAAAAUGGGUAUAUAAAGUGGGUUUUGAUGGGUAUAACUGGGUAUCAGCCGGUUACCACAUGAACAGGUAUCCAAGAGCGGGUAUGGGCUCAUUUUACCAGACGCCAUCAUCACCCUUAGAUGCUAAAUCUUGGUUUCGCCAUUUUGUGAGUCAGAUUCCCUGACCACGGGCCUUCUGUAGCUCAUGUGUGGCUUCUGUGGGUGGGGUCUGUAUGUUCAGGAAUUUUUUUACCAUGCCUGCGUCUAAAAUGUGUUUAAAAAGAAGCAGGAACACAAAGAGAAAUGCUAUGUAAACUAUCUGUAAAGCGUGUAGACUAUUUAAUAGACAUAAUAAUACAAAGACAGUAACUACAGUAUUAAGAAGCUGUGAAAUAUUUUUCAAACUUUACCAUUUGCAGGCCUGGAAUUUCAUCUUCAAGAGGGCAAGGUCAUUUUAGUUUUCCAAUGGGCGCUUCCAUUGGAAAAUCAUAUAAUCUAUAGGAAACUUUUGAAGGGGCACUACGACCAAUACCAGGGCCAACAGAUGCCGUUGCUUCCAUGUAAUUCCAGCCCUCCAGCUGCAAAUUUUAGGGGUUGAUAAACUAGAAGUAUUAAAGCAAGCUUGUGGACUGUUUUCACACAAUUCAAAAGUUUGGGAUUGUAUUUUCACCAUAGUUUGAUGGUGUGUGAUGUCUUCAGUGUAACCAUGAACUGUUGACUUUUGGUGGCAAAUGUUGUCUGUCAUUAUGGUGUGGCCAUUGUUGUUGGGUUCCCUGUUCACACAAUGACAGUGACAGUGAAUAUUUUCAUUUAAUGUAAAGGUGCCUGACUGUUUUUUGUUUUCUUCCAUCCUCUAUUUGAUUAGAUUUAGGUAAUAAAUGGGGGAAAUCAAGUUGCUCUAUGUCAAAGGUCACAUGGUCAGAGGUCAUGUCCAUGUCUUAACCAAUCAUCACUACUUGAUGUUUCUUGCUAACUAUUUGAAUUGUACAUAACACAAAAAUACGUUUCUGUUUCAAAAAGAUGUUUCUUUUUCAAAUUCAUUAACCAGCUGGGAGGUUGAUCCCUUUAUAGUUUUAACUGGACUGUGUGGAUUAUUUGCAUAUUAAAAGCCAAAUGCCUCUAUCGGGUAGUCGAAAUUACCACGGCAACAGUGUAGCAGCCUGCAUUUUAAGCAGUGCACGAGUAGAUAAUUAAAAUGAAAUCCGAUUGUUACAUUUUUAUUUUUUUUGCUUUUUUUGCUUUAUAUGAGUAAUGAUAUUCCUGUGUUAUUUGUUAAGUCUUAUAUGAUGUUUUGGAUAGUGAGUAUAACUGACAACACCCAGAAAAAUUGAGUGGAUUGGUAUUUCAACCGUGUCAGAAUUUUAUCUAAGUUUUGCAUGUAAUGUUGCGUUGGGAAUACUUUUAUAUUGUGGCCAGUGGCCAUCUUGUUUGUACCUCAAUUCAUCAGUGCUGGAUGUAAAGAGAGUCGUGAACGAAGAGAAAGUAUUUGUUCACUUGUACAGGUUGUUGGUUCGAUUUGGUUACAAUCCCUUUCAUAUCUUUGAAGACAACAAGAAAUUAUGAAAAAUAUUUGUUAAGUGCUGCAGCUUAUCAUCGCUCGAUUGGUUAUGACAUUUUGCACACAUUUGUUUGUAAUGAUAGUUUCAGCUUGAUCAAAGUCUGUUGGUUAAAUCAAUUGAAUUAUUUCAUUUACCUUUUCAAUAAUAUUGCAAGUAUUCCAAACUUGUAUAUUUUGUACAGUGACCCGAAAUCAACAGUUUUUGUAGAGUCUUGUUUGCCUAAUGUAAAAACUUAUGUUAUUUUGUUUGUUUGUAGAGUGAUCGAAAGAGCUUUUGUUUUACAUUAAUACAUUAUAAUGUCAACAUUAGUGUAUUGCAUUCAAAAACAUGUAAGUGUACAUGUACGUUUCACUAGGAAGGUGUUCCAUUAAAAUGGGGGACUUUUUAAUUUUGGAUUCCCACGAACCUUAUAAAUAAACGAUGCGUGUUGUUUCAUAA